GGUUGCCAGGGGCCGGUCUGUCAGCCAUAGAGCCGCCUCCCCAUGCUCCCAGUCAGGUCAGUCACCCGGCAGCUGCAGCAGUGACGCAGGGAAGAUGGCGGCGCACAGUGUGAAACGCUGCCUGCCUCUCGUGGUUAUUCUAGGGGCAACUGGAACUGGCAAAUCAAAAUUAGCUCUGCAGCUGGGCCAGACUCUUGGAGGGGAAAUCAUCAGUGCAGACUCCAUGCAGGUGUACCAGGGUUUGGAUAUUAUCACAAAUAAGGUGACUGCCGAGGAGCAGCUUCUCUGCAGACAUCACAUGAUCAGCUUUGUGGAUCCUCUAGUUACCAAUUUUACUGUAGUAGAUUUCCGCAACAAAGCAACGGCUCUGAUUGAAGAUAUCUUUGCAAGAGACAAAAUCCCAAUUGUUGUGGGUGGAACAAACUAUUACAUUGAGUCACUCCUGUGGAAAGUCCUGGUUAAUACGGGAUCUGAAGUAAAGACAAGUGUUCAAGGACAUCAAGGGCAAAUCACAACUGAUAAGAAAUUAGAGCUGGAGACAUUAGACAGCCAUGAACUUCAUGCACGUCUGAAAAAUGUGGACCCAGAGAUGGCAGCAAAGCUACACCCACAUGAUAAACGUAAAGUGGCAAGGAGCCUACAGGUGUUUGAGGAAUCUGGUAUCUCUCAUACUGAGCACCUGAGACGCCAGCAGGAGGAGGAAGGAGGUGGUCCAUUAGGUGGAGCCUUGAGGUUUCCACAUCCCUGCAUCCUAUGGCUACAUUCAGACCAGGAAGUUCUUAAUACCAGGCUGUGUGCCAGGGUGGAUGAAAUGAUAGAGAUGGGACUGCUUAAGGAGCUACAAGACUUCCACAAGCGCUACAAUGAGAAGGUCAUUGCACAAUCAGGCCAGGAUUACCAGCAUGGCAUUUUCCAAUCAAUUGGCUUCAAGGAAUUCCAUGAAUACCUAGUGACCAAGGACAACAAAUCCUCAGAACAAGUUGAGAUGCUUUUACAGAAAGGUAUCGAGGCACUCAAACAAAGAACACAGAAGUAUGCCAAGAAACAGAAUAAAUGGGUGCAGAACAGAUUCUUAAAACGCCCUGGAGCCAAUGUGCCCAGUGUGUAUGGGCUGGACGUGACAGAUACUUCUGCUUGGGACAAAUGUGUUCUUUCUCCUGCUAUACAGAUCGUCAGCAGCAUGUUGCAGGGUCUUCCUCCUAUCAUGAAACCUAUCCAGAUUAGCUCUGACAAUAGUGAGAAUAAGAGAAGUAGUAGACUGUGCGACUUGUGCAAUCGAAUCAUCAUUGGUGAUCGGGAGUGGGCAGCUCACAUAAAAUCCAAAUCACAUCACGCAAAAACAAGGAGGAAACUGGAAGAAGACAGAGGAAACGCAGAAAAGAGGAAGAUGGGCCCUAGCUCUGAUGCAGAGAGUCUAAUGCAAGCGCUAGAAGGGACUUCUCACUCUGAUACAAGCUGUGUGUGUGACAUGCAGGAGAAGAGAGUGUGCACUCAUCAUAUAAACUCUACAGCCGACAUCCAAAAUAAUUCUCUGAAGCAGACGUUAAGUGAUAUUCAAUAACUAGAAACACCUGUUACACACCCUUUUAUUUAUUUCCCCACAAAUGACGUACAUGACCUGCCUCUGUAUAACCUGUAUAUAGCAAGCCAAUUCCUGCCAUGCUGAAUUCAUUUACAGAUGUACUACUAGGAGAAAUGGGGAGACGUGACUAAAUCCAUUUCUACUUAUGUUGCUGUUCUCUCUCUAAUGUACUCUAUUUCCAGACUGACUUGUUUACCAUGUUUUUAUUUUACAUGUUAUUUGACAUUUUCCAUGCAAAAUUCACGUGUUUUAUUAUAAGUAAAGAUAAUUUAACUAAAA